AUGCUCUUGAGAGUUCGCCACUGUCCCCGCGCGUGUCGUCGAUGCCCCCAUGCGUGUCCCCUUUCCGGUAUCUACAAGAUCAAGGGUGUCGGUGAUGUUCUCACUGGCCGUGUUGAGCAGGGUGUUGUCAAGCCCAACGAGGAUGUCAUCUUCAUGCCCACUCAUACCCCCGCUACUCCCUGCAGCGGCAAGGUCUUCACCAUUGAGAUGCAUCACAAGCGUGAGGAGCAGGCUCUUCCCGGUGAUAACGUCGGUCUCAACGUUAAGGGUCUCAACAAGGAUAACAUGCCCCGCGUUGGUGAUUGCAUGAUCUCCAAGGCUGAUAAGACUCUUCAGCACGUCGGUAACUUCACCGCCCAGGUCCAGAUCUUGGAUGUCCCCGGUGAGAUCAAGGUCGGUUACUCUCCCAUCGCCUUCGUCCGUACUGGUCGUUCCGCUUGCAAGCUUACCAAGAUCAACUGGAAGGUCGGUAAGGAGACCGGUGGUAAGAAGAUGGAGGAUCCCCACUCCUUGAAGUCUAACGAGAUGGCUGAGGUCGUCUUCGAGCCUCUUCAGCACCUUGUUGUCGACUCCUUCAAGCACUGCGAGGGUCUCUCUCGUGUUGCUCUUAUGGAGGGUAACGGUGUUGUCAUGCUUGGUAAGUGUGUCGCCACCAGCGCCAAGGAUGUCAAGUAA